CGGACUUACUUCUCCUGUUUGCCUGGAACUUCUUACCUCAGCUGCCUCGCUCCGCACCCAAGAGCGCAAGAGGGUCUGUUGUUAAUUGCAGCACUGGCGGUAGUGUUUGGCUGAAGAUUACUGCGCCGCACACCCUGUAGUGACUGAGGACCACCUGCACCAAAACUGGUGAAGGCGGCUAUUUGCUGUGCAAAUUUAACAACGGCAGCAGUGGCAGUAGCAGUAGCAGCAACAACAGCGAGCAGCAGCACACAUUGAAAGAUGUCGACCACCGAAGAAGUGCCUGCAUUUUUUAAAAACAUGGGAUCAGGCAGCCCCAAACCGCGGCAGAAAUUCUGUGGCAUGUUCUGUCCGGUGGAGGGUUCGACUGAGAACAAGACCUUAGAUUUCGACUCGCUCUCAGGGAGCCGGGGCGGUGGCAGGACUGACAGUAGGGUAAUUGACAAGCAGAGGGACAUCUCCCAGACGGGCUAUCCCAGAGGCACAUCGUUGGAAUCGGGGAGGAAGGUGGAGAUCAGGCGAGGCACCGGCAAGGAAGCUCUACAGAACCUCAACGACAAGAGUGACCGGCUGUUGAUCAAAGGAGGUAAAAUUGUGAAUGAUGACCAGUCUUUCUAUGCUGAUAUCUAUAUGGAAGAUGGACUUAUCAAACAAAUUGGAGAGAACCUGAUUGUUCCUGGAGGGGUGAAAACCAUCGAUGCCCAUGGCCGCAUGGUAAUUCCUGGCGGGAUUGAUGUACAUACUCGCUUCCAGAUGCCAGACCGGGGCAUGACAGCAGCAGAUGACUUUUACCAGGGCACCCGCGCCGCACUUGCUGGGGGAACAACAAUGAUCAUUGACCAUGUGGUUCCUGAGCCUGGUGUCAGUCUGGUGUCUGCAUUUGAGCAGUGGCGUGAAUGGGCAGACAACAAGUCCUGCUGCGAUUACUCGCUGCACGUGGACAUCACAGAGUGGCACAGAGGUGUCCAGGAAGAGAUGGAGACUCUGGUGAAGGAUCAUGGUGUCAACUCUUUCCUUGUCUACAUGACCUACAAGGAUGUUUUCCAGCUUUCUGAUUCCCAGAUUUAUGAGGUCUUCAGUGUGAUCAGGGACCUGGGUGCUAUUGCACAGGUCCAUGCAGAGAAUGGAGACAUCAUUGCUGAGGAGCAGCGCCGGAUUCUAGAGCAGGGGAUCACGGGGCCAGAGGGUCAUGUGCUGAGUCGUCCAGAAGAGGUGGAAGCUGAGGCUGUGAACCGUGCCAUCACUGUUGCCAACCAGACCAACUGCCCACUGUACAUCACCAAGGUGAUGAGCAAAAGUGCCGCUGAUGUCAUUGCGCUGGCAAGGAAGAAAGGCACUGUGGUAUAUGGAGAACCCAUCUCGGCUAGCUUGGGUACCGAUGGAUCUCAUUACUGGAGCAAGAACUGGGCCAAAGCUGCUGCUUUUGUUACAUCUCCCCCUCUGAGCCCAGACCCCACUACCCCUGACUAUCUCAACUCUCUUCUCUCCUGUGGUGACCUGCAAGUGACUGGCAGUGCUCACUGUACUUUCAACACUGCCCAGCGUGCUGUGGGUAAAGACAACUUCACACUGAUCCCUGAGGGCACCAAUGGCACUGAAGAGAGACUCUCGAUUAUCUGGGACAAGUCUGUGGUGUCAGGGAAGAUGGAUGAGAACCAGUUUGUUGCAGUCACCAGCACUAAUGCUGCCAAGAUCUUUAACUUGUACCCACGCAAAGGCCGCAUUGCGGUGGGCUCUGAUGCUGACCUGGUCCUGUGGGAUCCAGACACUGUCAAGAUCAUCUCUGCCAAGAGCCACAAUCUGGCUGUGGAGUACAACAUUUUUGAAGGGACGGAGGUACGUGGUGCCCCUCUGGUUGUGAUCAGCCAAGGAAAAAUUGUGCUGGAGGAUGGGACCCUUCACACCACAGAGGGUACAGGCCGCUACAUUCCCCGCAAGCCCUUCCCUGACUAUGUCUACAAGAGAAUAAAAGCUCGCAGCCGGCUGGCGGAGCUGCGAGGGGUCCCCCGAGGGUUGUAUGAUGGACCAGUGUGUGAAGUUUCAGUGACCCCAAAAACUGUCACCCCAGCCUCCUCUGCCAAAACCUCCCCUGCCAAACAGCAGGCCCAGCCAGUGCGUAACCUGCACCAGUCCGGGUUCAGCCUGUCAGGUCUUACAGGGGCCCAGAUUGAUGACAACGUCCCUCGACGCACCACUCAGCGCAUUGUGGCACCCCCGGGUGGACGUGCCAACAUCACCAGUCUGGGUUAAGCUGUCCCAUUGGAUAAACGGGGGGUUUGGAGGCGGGUUCUAGCAUUGAGUUUGUACCCACCACCAAAUCUGAGCCCAAGAAGGUCCCUGCCGUCUACCUGGCUCAGCCCCUCCCUACUACCUUAUCCUCAACCCCACCCCCACUCCCCAUCCUGCAACCCAAUGUGGAGACAUCUACUAAAAUGAAAUUAGUUGCCUCAUUAAAAAAAGAACACUCCAUGUCCGAGCACUCCAGACUGUAUUAUUUAGUGUUUUAUACUGUGUUAUCCUCCUGCCAUACACCAUUGUUUACGAAAAGGAAGAGUUAAGUGAAUUAAGACUGAGCUGUUUUUUGUCUUUAAUGAAAAGACAAAAAGGUUUCAUUUGGGAUCGUUUUUUGUUACACAGAAAGGAGGAUUUCUAUUCUUGUUAUAUUUAAGGAUCAGUAUUUCAUUGUGGGGAGGAGUGGUGGGGGCUCUUCAGCAAAGUCUUCAAGGAGACUAUUUAUUUCUUUUUUAUAUGUUUUUAUGUUAUCUCUUUGUUUAAGGGUGCAGUCCCUUGAAAUAUUUUUGUUCCUUUCCUCACAGCAGGCCAAAGCAUCAAAGGUGAGAUAUAUCUGAGGUGAAGUUUUCCCCUGACAUUUCCACAUCCAGAGGCAUUUGAGGUCCUACUUGGUUCUCUAAAAUGUUUAAAUGUUUUGUUCUGGAAUGAUGUUUAACCCUAAGUGGGCGUUGUCUAUAAAUUAAAUAUUAGAUAUGGUUGAAACAGCUGAGAGACACUAGGUACACUUCACCUAAAACAACAUGUUUGCAAAGAAGGACUGAGGGUAAUUUAAUAGUAUAGCUUGUUGGAGCUGUGUAUAAGGUUUAUAUUUGAAUGAAUUAGACAUCUAUCAUAAAGGUCAGAAUAAUAUUCUAGACAAAUGUGAUAAAUUCAUUCAUUCUUAUACCCUUUUUGUCUUGCAUUAGGCAUGUGAAGAGUAGGUGUUACAUGACUAUUUAGAGUUCAGGGUAAACUCAGAAUCAGCUUGCACUAUAGAACACUAAUUUUGCAGAUCAUGUCACAUAAUUCCAUCUUUUUAUUAUACCAAGUUAUUAAAUUGUGUGGCUAAACAGUACCUUCAGGGUGUAAUAAAAGGGUAUUAUUAACUGGGUUUAAAAACAUUUGAGUAUAGUCAUCUUUCUGAAGUUAGGCACUAUUAAAUUGGCAUCAGUUGAUUUGUAAAUACUAGAUUUUUGUGCAUACAGUAUACUGCUUCUGUGAAAAUGCAGAUGUUUUCAAGUAUGCUAUCAGGUUCUUUUAUUAACAUAACUGUUACCUGUUACAGCUGUUCUGUAAUUCCUGUAAUAAAAUUAACUUUCUGCACGGUUUGAGAAUAAGUUUAAACAUACUCCAAUAAGCAAAACAUUCCUUUUCCAAAAAAAUUGAAAUGGUGGAUUACUGUACAUUGGUCGAAUUAUAUCCUUUUCUUCACACCAUAGACAUCUAUAAAUGUCAACAUAGAUCAAAUAGCUGUUUGUAAUCUGUUUUUCCAUUAAUAAAUUAACCAAAACCAGUAUAGAUCACCUGAGAGAUGGUAUUAAUUUCAAAUGUGCCUAUGCAAUAAAAAUUUUAUAAAAAAAGCUUCCGCAUUGGUAUCAUAACAGGUAUGCAGGCUAAGGGAAAGAAGUGUUUGUUACCAGCAGGUUACUGCUUCUAACUAGCUUUGCCAGCAAGUAACUUGACCUCUUUGUCCUUUAGAAAACAGAGGGCUCUCAGAGAGAGUGACUAGCAAUAGUUAUUGACCCACUGAUCUGUUAGAAUCAUUUUGGGUUCUAAUCUUUUUGGAUAAAACUAUCUUUGGAUAGUAAUUUAAAGUUGACAUAUCCAUGCUGAAGGAAACCCGUCUCUGGAGCUGUGGAUAUAUUAUGGUUCACAUUGCUGUAACUAUUUUUGAGAGGCUUAGAGAAUAUAAUUUCUUGUUAUGAUGAUUUAUACAAUGAUGUACAAUUUGCAGUAUUUUAGUUUUUUUCUUGUAAAAUUUGUUGGGUUUUAAAAUUCAGAAUCCCAGUUAUAUGAAUGCCUUGAGUUUUUUACAAGACUUUCUGUAACUCAAAGCUCAGUAGUUCAUCAGGAAUUCACUUCAGUCUUCCUUUUCCUCUUCUCAUUGAUGCACUUGUUUUUUAUCCUUAAGAAAUGUUUAUUUUAACACUUCAAUCGUCUUGUUUUUUAAGAAAAAAAAGUUCAUACUGAACCCAGAAUAGUAUAUUGGCUGUUAGCAUGAGUCUCCUAUUCGCUUGCUUGGUGUUUGAUUAUGCAAAUUGAAAAGAGGUAGGCAAUAUGGGGUUAAAAAAAGAAGUAAUGCUUAUUUCUUCUAUUCCCAUAGCUGUAAGCCUGAUUUUUUAAAAGCGUGUACAGUGCAAUUUGGCAAAGCAGUGGCUGUAUUAUCCUGAGACCAGAAGUAUUUUGCUUGCUUUUCCAUCUUUUUUUUUCCUUUGGUUGUCCAGCUGUUGUAGCAACAGGGUUGCCUGGGCAACAUCUUUCAGCAACCAUGCCUUAGCUCUUUGUUUGUCAUGACAACAGAGUUGGAUCUGAAGUUCACCUAGCAACAAUCCUGGACCUGGUGCUAUUAGAAUAACAUUGCAUUUGGGAGUUGUUUGCCGUUUUUCUUUAUAUUAGAGGCACUUGCCAUUUAAGAACCCCCUGAAGUGAGAUCUUGGACUAAAGCAUGAUUAUAUUCAUAGUCUUGUGAACUGGAGCAGAAUUUUUUUUAAUGAUAGCCUCUAUAGGCAAUUGCUGUAUGAUCUUGCUAAAUUCUGAUAGUACCUUCUGAUAGGGAUUUUACAAUUUAAGCUCAUUUUUCCAAAGAAUAAUGUACAUUUGGUUUAGGGGAUCAUUUUGAACUCAUUUGCCUACCUCUUUUUUUAUGUUGUCUAAAAGACAACUUUGGAAUGGCACUCUUAAAGGACUGGUUUAUAUAUUCCUUGUGUUCCUGUUAUUUCUUGAUUGAUUUGUAUUAUAGUAUUGAUUUCCCUCUGCUGUUUAAGCUCACAGUAUUUCUAUGAGAGUCAAUUCACUACUACAGUCUAGUUCUCUAAAUCCAUGACUCGGUGCCUGAUGCAAUGUGUUCUCAAAGCUGUUUGCUAGGAGCUGAAUUAGGCAAGGAAAAGUACAUCACCCACGUUCACUGGCCAAAUGUUUUGCAGUUGGAAUUGUAUAAUGCUGAUGUGCAACACAUGCCCUUAACAUUUUGGCUUUCAAAGUCCAAUAUCCAGCUUUCGCCACAAUAAGCAAAAAUAUCUGCAGUGGAUGUCACAUAGUAUGUAAACAGGAUAUGAGACAUGAAGAAAUUGAAUAACAGGAAAACAUGGAGAAUAUAAACUGCUACUUUAAGUCCCCCUCACUCACUCCUCCAAGAUGCUGUAGUCCUUCUAGUUUUGUCAGGUCAGACAUUUCCAUAUCCUGCUAGUAUGUGAUGUAAGUAAAGCGCAGACUGAGAGUAUUUUGGUGUCCAUUUUUGUUUCACUAUUAUUUUGUUUUUCCCCGUUGUUUAAAGUAAAAAUGUUGAUGGUGUAUGUUCGUAGGCUAUGGGUUGGGAUGCUUGUCUCGCUGGAAAGAAUUCCAUUGAUGGUUAAUUAAAAAAUUAAAAAGAUAAACGCUUUCAGUUCAUUUCUUUAAGUACCACAAUAAUCUUGUUAUAUCCAACAUGAGAUCUCGUAAUAAAAUCUGGUGUUGUUUCAGU